AUUCAAGGAACAAAAACGAGGAUACGUUUGUACAUGACUAUGUACAUGACGUUUUUAAAGAAAUGUUCCGUGAUCCGAAUUAUGAGAUUAUUUGGGCAAACACCGAAAGUCUAUCUUCAAGAGAGCACCGAGCGACUUACGGACGUUCCAAAGGCAGAAAACCAGACAUUACAAUAUAUCGAGUUAUGAAAAAAGACGAAAAGAAAGAAACAUGUAAAGUUGAACGUGAAGAAACGUGCUUCGUAGAAGCCAAACAUUUAUCAGUCACGAGAAAUAGCAAAAUUGGAGGCUACAAUCUUUAUAAAGUAGCCAUCCUUUGCCAGGGGGGCAUCAACAGAAUAAUUUAUUCACGUGGAAACACACCAAAACUUAAGUCCUUUGGAGGACAUAUUUGUGAAGGUUACAUCUAUUUGGGAACGAUGGACCUAGAGUAUGACGGGAUUUACCGAUACUUUCAACUCUCCGAAAUUAAACUCGCUCAGAAACUUUCUGAGUUUAACCUCGUGAGAAAGUUAAUUAUAGAAACAUUUUAUUUCAAGUGUCGGAUUGAUAGUUUUUAUUCUAGUGAAAAUAACAAGAGAUUAUCUGACAAUAUUUCUUGCCAUAAUAGCUUCUCCCGUGAACCAACAAUCACACCGAAGGCAUGUAGAAGUACGAUGAUUCCAGUUGUUAGCUUGAUUGAAAAAACUACGAAAACCAAUAAUUGUAAAACAUAA